AUGCUUAAAACUAAAUUUCCAAAAGUACAAGCGUUAACAUUACAUUCGGUAUCUAUAGACACGACGCUGCAAUAUCCUUGGGCUAAUUUCAGAGGUAAUGGAAGUGGUCCAUCCAACAGAUUUGAUAUUGCAAAGAGGUUGUUCCAUCUAGACAGCCUGGAUACGUUUCCGAGGAGUGUUGUGAUUUUAGAUGGCGGCAUUGAUUAUGUUAUCAUCAGCAACGUUUCAGCCAAGUCCUUGCCUAGAGAGUUUUUCUGGAAUGUAACUGGAAUGACACGAUUAGACUUGUCUGAAAACUUACUGACUGAUAUCGACGCAGACCUGUUACGUAAUCAAGUUACAUUAGAAGAUUUACAUUUAAGCAAAAAUAGACUGAGGCAUUUAGACCAAAAGGUAUUUCAGUCUUUGUACAAAGUGGGCUUUUUGGACUUGUCAUUUAAUUUACUCAAAGCCAUAGAUUCUGAGCUACUGACAAGUUUAAUCUCCCUUGAAGAGAUUCACCUGGAUCACAAUCUAAUUGAAACACUUCCAAAAGAUUUCUUACAGAAACAAAUGCCUACAAUACAGAAAGUUUUCCUUCAGUACAACAACAUCAAAACUAUCCCCGUUUUUCCUUUUUAUGCGAAACAUUUCCUUUUAAUGAACAUGAACCAUUGCAAAUUGAACGGGAACAGUUUAUUUACUCUUAUUGAGCAUGUCAGCUUCCUUGACACUGUAGCAACCUAUAUUGACAGUGAAAGCUUGAAUCCUAACAUUCAUUUCCAACAAUUAAUAUCAACAAGAGCAAUUCUCGACCUUUCCUAUUGUCAUAUUAAGGAUAUUUCUUUGAAAAUAAAUCAGAACGACAUCUUUGUGUUAGAAAGUCUCCUGAAGUUCAUUGAAAUUCAGGGAAGUGGUAAUCCAGUUGACUGUUCUUGUGCUCCGUUGAGUCAACAGUUUGAUUGGGACUGGAAAUGUUGGAAUCCACCGGAACUUCGAGGUCGCAUGUUUAAAACGGUAACAGAUCAUGAAAUGCGAUGUCCUCAGAAUUUUGAGAAAUGUCCUCAAAGUUGCACUUGUUAUAUACGACUCAGCUUUAAAAGUAAGAUAAUCGAUUGUAGAAAUACAAACUUGACAACUGUUCCGGAUGAAGUACCAACCGGCCAUCUUGAACUCUUGUUUCAAAAUUCAAGUAUUACAAGUUUAACCCCAAGGAAAUACUUCAAAAAUGCUUCAGUGCUUGAUUUUUCCAAAAACAAAAUUAACACGCUGAGUCCUUCCGUCGUAGCUUCUUUUCCAGCUGGAAUGUCAAGUUUGAUGUUGAAUAACAACCAUUUAACUUCCUUACCAGAAAAUCUGAGACGCUUAAAUGUUUCUAAGAUGACCAUCGGUCACAAUCCCUUUGUCUGUGAUUGUCAUACAAAAUGGAUGAAAGAAUGGUUAUUGGAACGCACUAGUCCUGUCACAGACUGGAACGAGGUUAAGUGUACGUAUAAUGUAAGCAAGGCUCGACAACUUAUUUCAGUCCCAGACUACAUGUUUGUAUGUCAAGAACUAGACAAGUCAAAGUUUAGUGUUGCACAACAUGUUAUAUUUCCAUCCACAAUAAUUGGAUGCCUCCUAUUUGUAUUGGUCACGUUGUCUCUGAUAGUAUAUUUCCAGAGAUUUACUAUUAAGGUGCUGCUGUAUAUGCACACCGGCUUUCACCCUUUCGACAGAGUGAAAGGCGAAGACUUACCCUUUGUGUAUGAUGUAUAUAUCAUCUACACAGAAGAGAAAAGGAUAAUUGCUCAAGAAAAGCUUGUUGAUGCUCUCAGAGACAGAAGAUGUCGUGUAGCUGAUUUCACAAGAAACUUUAUAAUUGGAUUGUCAUGUAUGGAUAACAUGGAGAGACUUAUAUUAAAAUCUUCAAAAAUAUUGUUCUUCAUGUCUGAAGAUGUUGUUGACAAUGUUUUAAUAAUGUCUGGAUGGAAUAUUGCAUACCAGCGAGCAGUUGCGGGACAAAUGAAUUCUGUCAUCAUUGUAGCUAGCACUGAAUUUCGUAAGCACUGUAAAGAAGAGAGCUUGAGAAAGUAUUUAAAGACUGAUGUAUUUAUUAAAGAAAAUGCAAAACUUCUGCUAGAAAAAGUGUUAUACCUAAUGCCAAAACCAUGCGGCGAAGAACAUAUUCAGUUGCAUAAUACAGAGAGAGUUGUCACCGAUAUUGACGAAAAGGUCAACUAUAUAAUGUGUCCCGUUGAUGGCGAUAAUGAUUUGUAUCGAGAAGUGCACGGUCAGUUGAUUCCAUAUCUAAACGAAUAUCAUCAAAAUAUCGAGGAUUUUGAAAGUGCAUUUGUCCCAGGCACAGAUAUGCGGGAUGAGAUGGACAACAUGUUGAAGAAGUCUCAGCAUUUCAUAUUCAUUUUGACACCCGAAAUGAUAGGAAAUGAAAUGUUUGAAGUCGCAAUGUUUAUACUGUCCACAGUUAUAUCUAAAUCUAAACUUAGUGGUUACAAUUACUUACUUCUGGUUACAACUGGAGAUUUCGAAGGACUAGAUAUACCGGGAGAUUUGAAAAGCUAUAUGGACAUGUUUAUAACAUGUGACUACAGUGACCCAGGGCUAAAGCAUUAUUUGCUUGAAUCACUUACUUAUUGUAAACAAAAUGAUCAACUUGACGGAGCUGGGGAAAAUAACAGUGUACUAGAAACAAAUACAAGAAUGCCACUUCUGUGA